AUGUAUGAUAUUUGUAAAAGUAAUCAAAGAGUAGCCAAAUUACAUCUCAUAAAAACCGCGCACAGACUCAAUGAGCCUGUCAUUGGCGUAUUGGAUUUCUCCGAAGCAAAUUUAAAGACAUUCAAGAUAUCCAUUUUCUUAGAAAGUAUCGAAUGUGUGGAGCCAAGUAUUGCUAUAAGAAGCGCACAACACAUCGCACGAGUCUCACGGAAGACACAUUCAGAUUUUCAUUCAUUUUGUCUGAAUAAUCAGCGACUAACAUUUGCAUUACCGAUACCUGCCUCUGCUACACCUGAAUUCCAGACUACUGGGGUUUCCUUGCAGUAUUUCCUAAGGUUCGAAUUCAUCACAGGUAUUGAUCAAAAACCGCCUUUUAUACCCAUUACAACUGACGAUAAACACCGUCAUUAUCAAUCAUUACAAAACGUUGUCGUAAGCACCUUUGAUUGCCAAAUUCAAUUGACUGUAUAUGGCUCGCCGGGUGGUUGGGAUAAUGCUCUAUACGGUCGUCCUUACACUUUUAAGGUCUAA